AACACGAAAGCACAACAAAUAACAAUAUUCAGUGGAAUGUAAGAAAUAACAAUAAUUAAUUAUUGAAGUAUUUUUCCACCCUGGCUGACUAACAAGAUGCAAUGGAGUUAACGCUGGAGAAAAAGUUGCAGGGAUUUCAACUGGUGGCCCAGGAAAAGCUGCAAGCCAUAUUGUGUUCCAUUCCUGGAAAAAAAGAGCUAAUCUUGGAGCCAGCACUUAUCAAGCCCCUGGAACAUGUAUGCACAGCAUCCUGGUUGAAGUUGAAAGGAAUCCAGAGAAUCUACAAACAUGAUGCUGCCCAGAGCCUCCCUCGAUCGGCCGACCAGGUGCACAUCUACAUGAUCCGCAGUGUCUUGGGCACAUUCACCACACUGAUGCAGCAGCUACAACCUCUGGCUCUGGCGGAGGUGCCGGACAUCUCCAUGAAGAUGUAUCAUAUAGUGUGCGUUCCCAGCUGCUACUCAUACUUUCAAACCCUCUUGGAGCAGAUGGGACUCUGGGGUCUGGUGCAACUGCAUCACUACAAUUGGGAUUUUAUCUACUUCGAUCAAGGAGUGCUGAGCCUGGAGUUACCGAACCUGUACGAGUGCGUCUAUCUGCAAGGAAACACCUCGCCUUUGCCGCCUGUGGCUCAAAGUCUGAGGGUGCUGCAAAUGGUGUCUGGCCGUCCACCCGUGAUUCUCUCCUAUGGACACCACUCGGCGCAGUUAGUGGAUAUGAUUCACGCGCUGGGUAAACUGCCAGAGCCCACCCCCUCGGCAGAAUACGGCGCCUGGCUAAUCAUCGACAGGGACAAGGACUAUCCAGCCAGUUUGCUAACACCAGCAAUUUAUGCAGGUCUUCUCCUCGAAGUUUUCCAGCAACGAUCUGGUGAAGUACUGGUGGACAACUCAAAAAAUAAAAUCAGUGACCAACGCGUGGAGUUGCUUCAAGGAAGGACACAGAUAAAGAGUUUGGCCCAGUCCCCGAAGCCUUGCUCUAUUCGCCUGAACUCCACUGCCGAUGAGAUUUACGGGGACAAUCGAUACAAGCACUUCGCUCAAGUUAGCAGCUUAAUUCGCGCCCAAGUCAAGGCAUUAGGCUUGGAGCUCCAAAAGUUAAACGACAUGAAACUGGAGGAGAUGCACGACUACGUGGCCAGGAAGCUGCCCAAACUCACCGAGCUAAAAUCAAAAGUACUUCGACAUCUUAAUGCGAGUGAGAUUGUGAUAAAAAUGAUGGGAAACUUUCGAAAGCUGCAAACUCUGGAGGAGGAUAUUCUCAAUAACGUGUCGAGGAAAAAAUUGCUGGGCGAGAUUGAUGAACUGCUCACCACCGAUGGCCAACGUUUCAACACGCUCCGCUUACUGUGUCUACUUCACCAUUGUGCCGGAGUAGCCCCAGAAGAAUUACAGAUGUUUGCCAGGAACUAUUGCAAUCUGGUUGGUCACCAAGAAUUGAGUGUAUUCCAGCGACUGGCCCAGGCAGGAUUGUUGCCUCAUCUUCUGCCCGAGAAGAAAGCACCAACGAAGCUACUCUCCAACCUGCCGCUUCCCAAGUUCCAGCAAACUGAAUUUCAAGCCAAUGCUAAUCGCUUACGGCUUCUUACAUCUUUUGGCGACGGUCAGGAUGGCGGUGGUUCUUCCAAAAAUCAGGCUUCCAACAUGCAAUCCUGUCCCAGUUUCGUUUUCAACGGCACCUAUAUCCCUCUAGUGGCGCAGCUUUGUUCGAUUCUCCUAAAAAGUAACAAUGCGGAUGAAGUUUCUACAAAGUUGACCAUGAUUGAUGGACUUACCCUGCACUUGGACAGCGGGAAAACUACUCCAAAGGCCUAUGCCACCCAAAUAAAAACUACCAGCAGUACCCACCAGGAUGUUUUCCCCCUGAAACUUAGGAAUCUCUUUAUUUUCGUUGUGGGAGGAGCCAGUUACGCAGAGAUCGCCGCCUGUGAUUUUGUGGCCAAGCAGACAGGAGCACAGAUUACGGUAGCCUCUGAUUCCCUAAUGGCCGGCAGUGAUUUUAUUGCCGCCGCUUUUAAUAAUUGACCAAUAUUUAAGUUACUAAUAUUUACAGACAAAUUUGGAACUUGCGUUGUAUAUUUUGUAACACAUCCCAUAAUUCUCUUUGUUAUAAAUGACUUUAACUUUUUA